UAUUAUUAUGAGUGAAUUAAAUGACAUUAGUGAUAGUGAUAAUGAUUAUAUUGAACAAUUUAAUUUGGAUUUAUUCAAUGAUUCUUUGAAUCAGGAAGAAAAUGUGCGCGAAUUGAGUGACAAUUUAAAUUUAAUGGAAAAUCGUAGUGUAAAUAGUCAAUCUGCCAUAGAAGAGACAAUUGCAUUGCCUUCAACGUCGUCGGGACAAAAUGCUUCCAGAUUGACAGUUGAAGUUUCCACAGAGUAUGGUGCAAAUUUUCCUUCAACUGGUGCUGCAUCUGCUGAUAGUUUUCCGACAUUAAAUAUCGAACUUUGUGAUUAUGACAAUUUAACUCGUCAAUUAGGACCUUCAGUUUCUAGUUCUUCGAUUUUUCACGUUUCCCAACAUAGACUUUUGGGUUUAAGAAUUGUUGAUAUUGAAGAAUCAUUAGGCAUCUAUCAAUUCGCUUUUUGGAGAGUGCCCUUUGGAACUGCCGCACGAACAAUCUGUGACUUGUGUUCAUCCAUUCUCCAGAUUCCUUUCGAUAUUAGUGAUUUUAAAAUAAUAAGACGAUUGGACUCUAAACGUAAGGGAGUGAUAGUGCGUGUUCCUAGUGUGGAGUUAAAAAGAACAAUUUUAACACUAAAGCACAUUUUUUUGUAUAGAGGAUACCAUUUGGAUAUCCUAUAAUUUAUUAUGUAAUUAGCUUUUGUGUAAUGUUUAUUGCAUAUAUAUAUAAUUAUAUUUCUAAAUUUGUAUUCUUUGUUUUGUUGUUUAUAGAUUCCUUUAAUAGUGCUUUCUCUCAUCGACCUUUCAAAAUUGAAUUAUUGGCUCGAAUUAUUUUUGGUGUCACUGAAUUGCAUAGGAUAUCCAGGGAAAUAAAGAAUUUAAAAUGUCCUCGGGGAUUUGCACCAAAUUAUCAAAUAAUAAGCUGUCCUGACUCACAACUGAAAAUGAUUUUCCGCAAAUUACCAGCCUCUUGGUCGGUGGUGAGGGGAAGUUCAAUAGAAGUGCGAAAACUAAAAAUUUCCAAGUCGAAAUUGGAGAGGAAGUUGAUGCGUUUGGUUGCAGCCCUUGUUGUAUCUUCUCAAAAUAAGGCGUGUCUUGUGAGUUUAAAGGGAAAAAACGGACGUUUUUGUCGUUGUGGAAGAUUUAUUCCAAUUAAUCGAAGGGAAUUGACGUGUAUUUGUGGUGUCAAUAAUGCAGUUUUAUUAAUUAAUGAAUCCGAGGAAGAAG